AUGGAAACAGAAAGUGAAAUUUCUGAAGCCAAAGAUAGUGUUACUUUAGCGAUACAACCUACUCCACAGAACAUGCGUAGAAAGAAGAUUACGACGGAAAGUAAAAGGCAGAAGCUCAAAAGAUUGAGGUACACUCCGACACAGUUACCGGAGUACCCGACCUGUGGACAUAAUGGCCAGCCGGGCAAACCGUAUUAUUGUACCACUUUAACAAUGAGCCAAAUUCAAGAUUUUCAUAGAAAACUGUAUGCAUCUAAGGAAAAAUGUAAACAAGAUAGUUUUAUAAUUGCAAGUUGUGAAGGCCAGAAGUGCAAUAGAUCGAAAGUGAAAAAGGAAAAAAUCUCCAUAUUCUAUUAUUUUAAUAAGGCUAAAAGGUUUGUGCUUACUAAAGGGAAAAAUAAUCCACUAGUACGAGGCGAGCCCAAUUAUUGUGUUGACGUGGGCGAAGCAAAGUCUGUUGUCAAGAGAGGAAUGAAAUUGACAUGCAUUAAUCCUACUCAACUUCCUAUUGGCUGCAAACUCAAAGGCGAUAAAUCGACAAUAAUUGCUCUCCUCGAAAAACAUUAUGGAAAUGCCUGGGAAGAAAAUCCUGAUUUGUUUUUUUUUAAAGAAAAUCUUGUUAACCCUAGAAGAGCGGAAAACCAGACUUCUGUAAAUGAUGUUGAAGCUGGCUGCAGUGGUUUAAGACCGUGCGAUAUUACUCUACAAAUUUAA